GUCUAGUGAUGUUUGUAACAACGAUCGUUACUGCCAUCGCCUUCUCCUCCUUCCAGCUUCUCCCGAACCCGAGGCGGCGCCCGAGGAUCAUUGCGAGUUCCUGGAGAAGGUGAUCGAGGAGGUCCUGGCUUGGCAGCCACGUGUGCGCGGGGGUAGAGUAUUGUACCUCAGCCUUUGUCGUGGCAGCGAGGUGUCCCGUCUUGCGCAGGAAGCCGGCCACGUGACGUUCGUCUUACACUCGAGAGGAGGCAACAGUGUCGAAACGAACAAAUCUACGGACAAAGUUACCUACAAGUGUGAUGAUGUUACUGAACUGAGCUUUCCUCCGGGUUCUUUCGAGAUGGUCGUGGGCGCCUGGGUCCUCUCUGGCCUGAGUGACCUCCAGGCGGACGAUUUCUUGCACCGCGUUCUCGAGUGGCUGGUGCCUGAGGGUCACUUCGUCUUCAGAGAGGCGUGCGGCUUCCAUGAAGGCCUGACCGUGAGCGAGCUGUGCUAAACCAAUUUGAAGAGCUGUCCUUUGUGCAGUAUCUUGAAUUGGGAUAGUACUAUAUUUUCUGUUAAAGUGGAUUCAUGAAUGUGACUUGAUUGUUUAUCUUUCAUAUAUAAACAGUUACAUUGUUACAUUGCGAGCAGACUUCUUUUUUCUGGCCGCUACUGGUCUUACACACCAUUGGAAAGGACACUACAGAAUUUU